UAAACUUUUUUUACUGUACCUGUGCCACGAGUCGUUUCUUCGUCGCGUUCUUGCCAGGAAAGGCGGAACCACGAUGCCUGGGUUGCCUUUCCCGCACGGACGCCCUUUUCCGAAACUCCACUUCCAUGCAUUCGGUGCUUCAGGGCGAAUCGUCGUCUCUGGCCGAGAAAGUAACUGCGAGGAUUUGGAAGUGUAACUCUUUCGGUCAUGGGUGCUGAGGCGAUGUUCAGGACUCUGCUCUAUACCGUCAAUUCCCUCCUGCAGCAGCGCAAAUACCACGCGGCGCUGGCCGUGGUCAAGGGGUUCCGCAACGGAGCAGUCUAUGGAGCAAAAAUCCGUGCCCCUCAUGCUCUGGUGAUGACAUUUCUAUUCAGGAAUGGAAGUUUACAGGAGAAAUUGAAAGCCAUUAUUCAGGCCACCUAUACCCAUUCCAGAAACCUGGCAUACUUUGUAUUCACAUACAAGGGUCUAAUGGCCUUUCAGUCACGAAUGCAGGGAAAGAAGAUUCCAGUUCACUCUUUUCUCGCAGCCUGCAUUGGGGGAUGGCUAGUAUUUGGGGAAAAUAAUAACAUUAAUAGCCAAAUAAACAUGUACCUGCUGUCUCGCAUUCUGUUUGGCUUGUCCCGACUGGCAGUGGAGAAAGGCUACAUCCCAGAGCCAAAGCAAGAUCCCUUCCCUCUUUUUGCUGCUCUGGUUUGGGGGAUUGUUCUCUGGCUCUUCGAAUAUCACCGGCACACUCUGCAGCCAUCAUUGCAGUCAUCCAUGACCUACCUGUAUGAUGACAGUAACGUCUGGCAUGAUGUUUCUGACUUCCUUGUAUAUAACAAACAACCUGCUACCAAAUAGUCUUGAAUGAUAUUUAAAUAAUGGCACAUUCCAGGAUCAGG